AUGUUCUGGCCACCGCAUAGGAAAAUCAACGGUGCCCCAUCUGCUGCAUCGGGUAGGGUAGAUAUGGGUAUGGUUGCUACUGCUCAAGCCUUCCCAUCUUCUUAUUCCCCUUCUUGCGCUUUUUCACCCUUAUCGUCUCGUUCCAGCUUCACUUUUAUCCCCCUAGUUUUCAACCCCCCGAUUCUCGGUCCUCCACCAGCUUGCUUCAGUAGUCGCUUGUCUUUUAGUUUCAAAUCCCAGGUGAACGUGGAGCGUCAUUCUUGCACUGUCAACAGGCCCAUGUCCAAGCAAGCGGCCCAUUCCAGUUCAUCGGCUUCCAUUUGGAGCACUCGAUCCUCCUUCAGACUGGCAUGCCUAAAUGUACGCACAUUGCUUCAGAUCGGUCAACAGGCAGCACCUGCCCGAACAUUAGAGACCCUCUCCAUUGAUAUCUGCUGCUUAUCGGAGAUCCGCCAGCAAGACUCGAGCUUUGUGCUCACUCUGCGAUCCCCUUCAGGUGACACUAGCAGCACUUUCUCAUUGCGCCUAUCUGUUGACGAUACAGCUACGAGCACCGGCCAAGCCAGUGUUGGUAUUGCCCUGAGUCCCCGGGCUGAAGCUGAUCUGGUUGAUUGGAUUCAAAUCAGUAGCCGGAUGUGUGCGGUCCGAUUGUCUGCCUCGUUCAAAGCUUCGAAGUCGCGUGGGACUAAGAGGUGUCUACUCGUUAUCGCUGCCUAUGCACCGACAAACUGUAGCGAUGACUCGGUAAAAGACGACUUCUAUCGUCAACUGAACGAGCUCCUUCGCCACAGAAGAAACUCGGACACUGUAGUGCUGGCUGGGGAUCUGAACGCUCAAGUCGGAAAAUUAUCCACAGAUGAGCUGCAUCUGGGCGGCCAACAUAGUGUAGGCUCCCGUAAUGAUAACGGUGAGCGGUUACUUCAUUUGUGUGAGGAUGCUCGCUUAUUUCUUGCGAGCACUAACUUCAGACACAGCACCGCCGAGGGUGACUUGGCGCCCACCAGCCUCGAACCAGUUAUGGACGCAAAUCGAUCACAUUGCGAGAAGUUACCGAUGGAGAGGCUGCGUCCAGAACUGUCGCCCGAUUUGCAGCACUGGUGUGGACACCGAUCAUGCACUUGUAUGUGCUGA